AUGCUAUACUUCGAUAUCGGCAUGGGUCUCUCCAUCCUUUACAUUAUCUUAACCCUAUUCGAUUCCUCCCUGGCCUCCUCCAAAUUUAAUGCAGGCAUCAUAAGCUUUGUUAUCUCCGAGAAUGCGGCUAUUGGUGAUGUUGUGGGGACGUUGGACAGCUUCAAUGGAUCUGAUUAUUCUAAAAAACAGGACGAUAGGCCCUUGUUUAUGUUGCAAGAUACAACGUACUUUGCACUAAAAGGACCGGGUCAAAAAACGGUAGUGGUCAACCGACUGCUUGAUCGUGACAACGACAGGAAGUUGUGCCGCGAACCCAGCUGGCCUGAAACAUGUGCGUGGUCAGGCGUUCUCUUCGCUCACGAUGGUGUUGUUUUUAGUCUGCGCAUAACCAUCAUCGAUGUUAAUGAUAAUAUCCCUCGAUGGCCUGAUUCUGCCCUGAGCAAACUACGCAAUUCAAAGGAAAAAGAACCGUCCAUUGAGUUGUUCAUAGCGGAGAAUGCACCAACAGGUAGCAUGUUUGACCUACCUCUCGCUGAAGAUCGGGACUAUGGAAAGAACGGUAUAGUUAAUUACGAACUUGUUAAGACAGAUGGAAAUGGUCGUUUUUCUCUCCUCUGCACGGCGGGCCCAAAUGGGGUGAUUCCGCGUCUGCAGGUUUUAGAAGUGCUUGACAGGGAAGAGAGGGAGGAGUAUGAGAUGCAGAUGGCGGCAAUUGAUGGCGGCGGGCAACGUGUUGUAGUUGGACUUCGAGUUUAUCUUGUAGAUGAGAAUGACAAUCCACCCAUUUUUGUCCAUCUCAAGAAUUUCUCCCAGGAGGAGGCACGACAAGCUCGUUUCGUCAUUGAAAUUGACGAAUCUUUGUCCGUUGGUACAGCCCUUCAUCUUCAUCCCACAGCAACAGAUGCCGACGCUGGAGACUUUGGUCGUGUGCGCUAUCGCUUCUCAUUCUCCACACCCGAAUUUGUCCGACGCGAUUUUGCUAUUGAGUCAGAGACGGGCAAAAUUAUUGUGCAAAACAUCCUAGAUUGUGAUUCUGGUGGUAUCCCUGAGUACGUCUUUUCUAUGAUCGCUGAAGACGGCGCUCCGCAACCCCUAACUGCCCUAGCAACUGUGGUAAUUAUUCUCCACGAUGUCAAUGAUAAUGCUCCAAUUAUAAGUCUCACACCAGCAACACCAAAGGUGGAAGAUAUGUACGAUACCACCUUCUAUCCUACAUUUGAUGAGAGUAGGGAUAACUUCUGUUUGGUGGAAGAAAUGCCUUCAGGCCAGUUGGUAGCAACUGUAGCGGUGAGCGAUCCCGAUUCGGAUGCUGAUGGCGAGUUUGAAUGUGACCUGGAUGGGACACCGGACUUUACUCUGCACACACUGCCUUGGAUCGGCGCAACAAAGGUUUACCAACUUCUAUCGGCGCGUCGAUUUGACAGAGAGGUGGAGGCUUUGACCUCGGUCACACUUAAAUGUGUUGAUCGAGGAGUGCCACCGCAAAUCUCAAGCAAAAUAAUUCCCAUAACCCUCAUCGACAAAAACGACAAUCAACCCUAUUUCCAGCAACAGCUCUACCAAUUUUCGAUCCAAGAAAACAGACCCCCUGGGACAUUGGUGGGCAGAGUGAUUGUGCAAGACAAUGACGCGGGCACAAAUGGACGAGUGGAAUUCUCACUUGCAUGUAAAACUGACCGAUAUCAGCACCUCUUCUCUAUCAACGAAAGGGGAGAAAUUCGGGCCAAUGAAAUGCUUGAUCGAGAAAUUAAUUCACAGGUCUUGCUAUUUACGGUGGUAGCAGAGGAUAAAGGGCGACCGGUGUAUCGCACAUCAGCUGAGGUGGGCAUAGAGAUUGAGGAUGAGAAUGACUGCAUUCCCAAAUUUGGCUCUCCAAAUUAUCACUUCUCAAUUGACGAGGAUGUAGAGCCUUAUAGACGUAGCGCUAGGGAGGUGGGCACUGUUCAAGCUACUGAUUGCGACACUGGAUCCAAUGCCGAGGUUCACUACUUUCUCGAGAAGACUGACACCCCUUUUAAGAUCUCUCCUAAUGGAACGAUAUUUGCGGUGCAACAGCUGGACAGGGAAACAAAAUCAUCGUACUUGCUAACUGUUGUGGCGAGGGAUUCGCCGUCUCCACGGUCUCCCAGUAAAGCCCUGAAUUCCACCGCCCAAGUGCGUAUUACAGUUACCGACAUUAACGAUCAUUCUCCCAUUUUCAUCUUCCCUCGACUCAAUUCCACCUCGAACUCUCUCCCAGAGAUAAGGAUAUCGGCCCUGGAACCAAUCGGAUAUCGAGUUGCCAAGCUGCAGGCCAAAGACGCGGAUACGGGUGUGAAUGCUAACAUUCGAUACACCCUGACAGAAGAGUCAAGUGUCAGUGGCACAGGAAAACUUUUCCACCUCUCCGAGGACAGUGGAGAAUUAUUUAUUGCUGCCAAGUUAUCCACCUCGGCGAAGGAGAUGAGAUUUCGCCUCCAGAUUCAAGCCACCGAUGGUGGGAUCCCGCCUCGUUCUUCCACCUUCAGCUUGAUUGUUUACCUGGAUCCCUCUCUACCGCCCACCUCCGCCCUUGGCUACAUGGGUGACUCAGUCUUCAGCGGUCAAAUGGGCGAAAGUCGGGAGGCGCUUACCAACAUCUACUUAAUCAUCAUUAUUGCCUUUGGAGUCUCAAUAGCUUUUGUAGUGCUCGUCGUAGCUAUCUUUUUAAUGUCUAAGGGCUACCGGUUGCGUUAUUGCUGUCCAUUUCCUGCUCACGUUAAGGGAGCUCAGAUGAAUACUGUUGAGGCGGUGAGCUUCUAUACGCCUGGUAGCAGUCAAUUACCCACUCAUUCCACUCCCAUGGGAUUCGCUAAUGGUGCAGACUACAUGACAAAUGCGGAAUCGGCCUCGUAUGCCUUGGAAAAAGGAAGCCCACUACAAUGUCCCCCGUCCGAUGGCCACCUGCAGAUGAACGCAUUCUAUGAGGCUACAGUGGACAAGGCCUUUCACAACUCCAAUAUGGUGGCCCCAAUUGAAAAUUCUCUGUACACAGAUCAGAGGUCAAUCAACGAUGCCUCCUCGUUGACCACAUGCGACCGAUUUUCUAGCUUGGGACGCGUGACCCAUGGUGGCUACCCGCCUUUAUCACUGUGCCUGGUUAAUGAAGGCUGCCCUGAGGCGACAUAUUUUGGGCAGGCGAAUCAAUUUCGAGGUGCCAAUGGCGGCAGUGCUGCGGUCUACUCGUGGUGCAACUCUACGGAGCAGAGGAUGCAGACGUUUAGUCCGGUGCAGCCGAGUUAUGCCCGGUGA